AAAUUCUGUUGUCUUCUGUUCAGUUUGCUCAAAAGUAGUUGAUCAUCAGUGGACAAAUGAAUGUAGAAGCAAAAUUGUAGAUUGUGUUUUAAUUCUAGAGAAGUUGUGAUAUUAUUUUUGCGAGCAAAAUUCGACUUUAGCUGUGAUAAGAUGUCAAAAAACCAUAACUACCUCGAGGCAGCGCAGACUGGAGACCUUUCUGCAUUGAAGUUCUACAUUGGAAUGCACCCCGAAGAAGUGGAUAUCAAUUAUCAGGAUGUUAAACUGUGCAGCGCCUUGCAUCGAGCAGUGCAUUCCAGGCGGAAUUCUCAUGAAACGGUGAAGAUGUUAAUUGAAGCCGGCAUCGAUUGUGGCCUGCGAAACGAACAGAAUCAAACCGCAGCAGAGAUGGCCCGUCAUUUGGGACGAGGCGAUUUGAUGCUACUUAUGCUGGAAUGGGAGUUUCGUGACGUGCCAAAACGGGAAAUUUUCUAUCAACUUUUACGGCGAAACAGUAUGGAGAUGAUUUGUAUCUAUACAAUUCAAUGGAAGCUUCCCUUUGCAGAGGCGAUAGGUUUGAUAGAGGAAGCAUUCGAGGCACUACGCUUGAAGGGAGUGAAACUGGAAGAACAGACCCGAUAUGAAGCACUUCAGGAACUUGUCAAACAUUACGGUGCAAAUCCGACCACUUAUCGGGAGGUUACCAUCGGAAAGGAUGAGCUGUUGGCUUACAUAGACUUUGUGUUGCAACACACAGACGAGGACAAUCUGAAUGAAACGAGUGACGAAGUGCUCAUGGUCAUGCGUGAGAUUGUGAAACAGAUGUACCUGGGAAAGAAACGGUACGACGAAGCAAUGAUGGAGGUUCAGCAGUGCUUGUGUGUAUUCGUUGCGACCUGUGAUGGACUGCCCGGAAUGGAGGAUUUUACGUUGAUCAUUAACAAACAGCUAGUGCUGAGAUUCUUACGGUUGGUGGCAAAACAACUCCGUACUGGAAGUGGCAUAUUAUCCAGCAGGGAUAGGAAAGUUCGAAGACAGUUAAGAAAAACCUUUGUAUUACUCAAGGAGUGGAAUUCCGUCAUGAAAAUAGUGUAUUACUUGUCGAAAGCAUGUGAAAUUGAUUUGAAUCAACCGGACGAUAGAAUUGCCAAGCAACUGUUUCUGGAUCGUUGUGUCCAAGUGGUGGGUGAAGCAAUCAAAAGUACCAAAUUGACACCGAAUUUGUCAAGAAGAAUGCAAACUGCUUUCGAGUUCAUGACUUCCGGGGGAACUGCAUCUUGUUACAAGAGCAUUCGAGAGUUCCAUUCCCAUGGCUAUCCGGUGGCCAAGUAUCUUUUUGAAAAAGAAAACGAUUUCAAUUCAUACAUGAAACUGCAGGAAAAUUUCAAGACUGUUCUGAGCUUCUUUGAAAGCAUGCGAUCGACAUUGAUGGUCGUUAUACAAAAACGAUUCUUGGGUUCAUUGUACAGGAUGCAGACGAUCAAACAAGUCAGAUCGUUUGCUAUGUAUGCCAACGAAAACAUUAUCGGUAGCUUUGGGGAUCCAGCUGCUCACCAAGAAACAUUCUACAAUGAAAAAAUAGCAAUGAAAUUGAUAGAUGAGCUGGUAAUUCUUCUGAAAGAGGAUUCGGAAAAUUUCAGCACCUUGACAGAAAUAGAGAAACAAUUGAAGUCUCACUUUGAAGACAUGUCCAAGGCCAGAUUCAACCAUCUCCAACUAGGUCAAAGUUUCGGAAACUUUCUACGAGUGGCAAGGUCUUGUCAAAACACUACGGAUUUAAGAUCCGUGCUGAAAUUUGCCUUAGUGACUCCCGGUCCAAAAUGUUUCAUAGAAUGUUACUCUCAAAAACGCUUACAAAUCGACAGAUUAACCCGUACUUUGAUGUAUCAUUUGAUGGAUAGUUAUGGAGCCAGCAGAGAUCAGCAAAUUAUAAACGUGGCUUUUCAGCUGCUGAAUACCCUGGACAGUGAGUCUGCUUCAGGGUUGCAUAAGGUGCAACUGAAACGAACAAACUUUGCAUCCGAAGAUUACGUAGAGGAAAUACUAUGUGAGUCCGGUGCUUAUGACCAUUUCAGAGAAAUCCCUUCAGCAGUUCGGAAUAGCCUACGAAAAAACGUGGAAAAAAAUAUUUUCAAUGUCGCAGAUCGUUUCAGGAUUCUAGCCCUACCGGAAAAUGAAAAAGUGAAUGCAUUCCGAAGGAAACAGGAGAAUGAAUUCCAAUGUGCUUUCGACCGAAAAGUUGCUACUCUGAAGCGAUUGGUGGAGAACAGUGGUAAACCAACAGGAAAGGCCUAUGAAUACCAGAUGACUGGAUACAGCAUUGAAUCCAUUGCAAUUCAGCAAGCGCUUUUGGAGAUUUGCGAGAUUCUUCUUGGUACUGGAGUCAUUCAGAUGAAUCAACAAGAACUCGAUCACAGAAUUCCGAUCAUAACUGGUAAAAAUCUUAGAGACGGACUGGCACACGAUAUGAGCAUGUAUGACGUUAUAAAUGAAAGUCGUGCGAAUUACGUAUGCAAUGCGAUUUACUACGGUACUUUGAGUCUUAAAUUGUACGAUAGAAAAGAUUGGCCUAAGGCAGUUCCGUUUAAGGAGAAAGAAUUCAUCAAAAUAACUGAUAAGCUGCACUGGUUUGAAAUGCAACGUAAGCUAUUCGAGCAGUUGAAAGAUCUUGAGAAGUUUGAUUUCAAAUGUAAUAAAAUAGAUGAAUCGGAUAUACUUGGAUGUACGAGAGAAACGAAAGCAGACUUCACAACGGUCCACAACAACGCCCUACUUCAAGCUUUACGACAUAAUAUGCAGAGCUUUGUGGAUCACGUUGAUGGUAUUAAGUUUUCCAGAACAUUUCAGCGCCUAAUAAACGAAAUCAGCCAUCCUUCGAUUCCACGCAAAACACCAAAUCAAAUGAGUUAUCCGGAAAAGGCUCAGACGUUGUUAAAUGUUACCCUGGAGAUAGAAGACUUCUACACUUAUCGGAAAAUUACGCAGAAAUAUAACGCUUCAUUCACAUAUCAAGCAGCUUACAAACGUAAUCCAAAUGUGCUGAACCAUUUAGAGGAUCUUAAUCUACAACCUUCCACACAAAUGCUACUUGACAGCAUUACGUCAGGGAACAUUUCUGCGUUCAGAUGGCUUAUGAAGAAGCUAGAUCCAGACAGCAUCAGAUCAUGCUCUCCCCUAAAAAUAGCGUUGGCUAAUGGACAAUUGGAAAUAUCAAAAUCUCUAGUUGAAAUUGUAAUUCCCGAUGUGAAGGAUGCUGAAAUCGCCGUUCUCAAUCAUUUUAACGACAUUUUGGGACAAAUACUUCCUCACGUGAAUGAGUUUAGUUCAUUGUACAAAAGCGCUGUGGCGCGUGAUAAUUUUGCUGCAAUCAUACUGAUGGAAGCAAGUUCUUGUCCAUGCCCAAUUGAUAAAGACCUUCUUUAUUACGUUGCAGCGUAUAAUCGAACAUCCAUCCUGGAACACUUCCUUCAAAAUCCCGAAUGGCGUGAACACAUCAACGAUCAUACGGGAAAUGGACAAACACUAAUAGAUAUUUUUGCACAAAACGGAAACUUCCAAGCAGUCAAGAUGAUUUCUGAAUACAGCACUAACGUUGUAAGUGCCAUGAAGAGCGCUGCUAGGAGAAAGCACAUUGGUAUCGUCAAAUUCUUGCUAAAUUUGAAACCACAUGUAUUACCAGACAUGCUAACGGACCUCAUCAAUUGCUCAAUUCAAACUAAGAAUAACACUCUCCUGAAAUAUCUACUCAAUCGUUAUACAAUAAAUGCCAAGGAUCGCCUUGAUUUAUCAGAGCAUUUCCUGUGUGCCAUUAAUUGCCACAACUUCGAUGCUUUGGAGCUCAUUCUCAAAUACGAUCCACUAGCAGCACAAUCUUCCAAAAAUCACUACAACGCAUACCACUUUUUAGUACAAGCCCUAAGUACAUGCACAAAAGCGGACCUCAAUGUCCACUCCGAACGAAUUUUGAAUCUGCUUAAGACCUACAACGCUGACCCGAUCUACAAAGAUAAAAGCGGAAUGACCCCUCUGAACCGGGCCGUCACCUUUCAUAAUCUCGAACUAGUGCGCCGCUUGUGUCAACUUGGUCCAUCCGCCGUCAAUGAACCGGACGCCAUCGGGAGGACUCCCUUAAUCAGUGCACUCAUCGUUGGAAAUCUUCCGAUCGUUCAAUAUCUGAUCCAACAAGGAGCUCCCUUAGAAGGCCUAUCUACGUUUAGGUACCCGAUUCUACAUAACGUUCCACCCGUAACCCACUUUCUGGACAGAAACAUCGAAUGUCUGCAGUAUGCCGUCCGCACCCUGAACCUCGACCUAGAACUCACAGAUGCCUUCGGACGAACACUGCUCCAUGAACUCUGCCGGGCGGAUAACGUGACUUUCGUGGCAUUCCUGCUGGAACAAUGCAAUGCCAACGUGUAUGCUCGGGACAAAAACGGCGAGACGGUACUGCACUGUGCGAUUCGCUGCGACAGCCGGGCCAUAUUAGGGUAUCUUCUGGAACGAGUUGAUCGAUCGGAUCUUCUGGAGAAAGCAAAUGGAGGGGGGGAAACGGCGCUGAUGCUAGCGUUUGCAAUCCCCGGGAGGAUGACAAUGGCGUAUGAGAUGGUUAAGGCCGGUGCAUCCAAGGAACGACUGCUACAGAAGAUUGCUGGAUCUUGCAAGGAAGCUCUACAGUAUAUGAAUAAGUGAUGAACAUAUAUUUUUGUGUGAUAUUGGUUUUAAAAUGUUUUGGCUGUGCUAAUUAAACCAUAAAGUAUUAUAAAUGUCCAUAAUUUAUACAGUUCAAUAAAUUUACAAGAAAUCCUUCCUCA